AGAGGUCAGGGAAUGGAUAUUUUUUGGAGAGAUAAUUUCAUCUGUCCAACUGAGGAAGAUUACAAAACUAUGACAAUAAGAAAAACUGGUGGGCUUUUCAAUUUAGCGGUAAGACUAAUGAAACUAUUUUCAACUUAUGAAGAAGAUUUUUCGUCACUAAUAGCUACUUUGGGAUUAUAUAUUCAAAUACGUGAUGAUUAUUGCAACUUAUGCCUCAGUGAGUACACUGAGAAUAAAAGUUAUUGUGAAGAUUUAACCGAAGGAAAAUUCAGUUUUCCGAUUAUUCAUGCGCUUAGAAGCAAUCCCGACGAUAGGCAAAUAAUAAGUAUCCUUUAUAAAAAAU